AUGGACGAAUUGCCUACUACUCCGGUUAGGCUUAUUUUAGGGCAGUCUCAACAACACGAACGGGAAUCAGAAAACCGUUUGAAGGAACGCAAUUCACGCUCAUUUCAUUCUCUUUCAAAUGCAGAUAUUCCAGCUGAAUCAAACUCCAGCUUUAUUUCGCCUGGAUCCUCUCAGUUUGUUGUACAUCCUCAAGAAUCGCUGAAUCAGAAGGAAGAUCUCCAAGAAGAUUCGGACCUCUCGAUUGAUUAUGGUAGAACACCUGCUCGUAACAACAAUAAUAACACCAAUCCACUAGAGAAGAUCGACAUAAACAAAAUGUUUGAUGAUGAUAAAUCUGAUGUAGGCCUCAAUCAUGAUAAUGAAAAUGCCAAUAGGACUGAUAAACAUGUCCUUGAAUUGAAUUAUUCUCCCAUCAGAGUUGAAAUGAACUCUCCAGAAAAGCAAAGCGACAAAGGUACAGAUAAAGAUGAAAAUGAUAAAGAAAGUAGUCAUAUAAAUAAAAAACUGAAAUUGCAGCUAGAAUCGGUACCUGAUUUGAAACAAAUCUCCACUGAAGGUGCUGCUAAGGAUAAAGAAGAAAUAAUGUCAUCACCCAUGGCAAUUGAUAUGAUUGAUACAAAUAUAAGUCCGAAUAAAUUUAUAAUGAACGAUGGAGUUGCAAGAAACGAUAGUUUCAACAUUAAUACGGAUAAACUCAACCUAGAAAAUGAAAUCAAUGAGAAACAGGAAGAGGAGGAUUUUAUAAAAUCGAACAGCAACAAUGCUGUUAAUACUGAUAAUGAUGAUAACGACAAGGAGUACGAAGAAAAUGAUAUAACAAACUCCCAUAUAAACAGACUCACACCUUUGUAUGAGACUUCUGUAAGGGACUUGAAUUAUAAUGAAAAUGAAAGGAAUCACUGCGGUGAUGAUAGUAAACUUGAUGUGAGACAUGAUAAUUUUCAGAUUGUUGCGAGAAGAAACGAGGAACUAACUGACCAAAUAUACCAUCUAAAUCAAAAGGUGAACACUUUGAUUUCCCAAAAUGAAUCAAUAUCUUUUCAGUAUGAAAAAUUAAACAAAAAUCACCAACAGUUAAUAGAUUCAUCAAAUGAAAAGGUUGAGAAGCUAAGUACUGAAAGGGAGAACAACAUUAGCAAGGUAGAAAAAUUCAAGAAAAGGAUCAAAGAGUUGAAUACGGAAAUCAAGGUAUUGAACUCCAACCAGAAAAUACUGCAAGAAAAAUAUGAUGAUUCAAUUACUGAUUUAAAUAAUUUAAGGAGCGAGCAUGAAAACACUGUUAACACUUUGCAUAUAAAUGAGAAAAAUUUAAAUGAGAAGAAUGUAGAGCUAGAGAACGUGAAGGAGGAAUUAAGAACUAAUGUUGAUAAAUUAUCCGAAUAUCAAGCCAUGGUGAAUGAAUUGAACUCUUGCAUUACGGAACUGAACGAUAAGAUUGAAUCUACCAACAUUGUUUUGAAGUCUAAAGAAACAGAAUUAGAUAAUUUAAAAUUAAGCUUAAAAGAAACCUUAUCGAUUUCUAAAGAUUUUAAUGACUCAGAGCUUGUAACACAACUCAAUGAACUAAUAUCUACAAAGAAUAGCUUACAACUUGAACUAAAUGAUUUGAAUAACCUUAAUAGUGAUAAUUUGAAGACAUUACAAGAUAAAUUGAUUGAAAAUGAGAACACAUUAAGACUGAAAGAUGCCGAGAUGGAUUCGUUGAAUAAUGAAUUGAAUGAGUUGAAAAAACAAAUCGCUUCGAAAGAUGAUGAAUUUAAGAUAUGGCAGAGCAAGUACGAAAACGUAGAAGAUGAAGCUAAAAUACGUAAUGCUGAAGUUACGGAGUUAAACAGAGAUAUUGACGAUUUGAGAGAAUCUAACUUGCAUUUACAGGAAACGAUUACCGAACUAGAAAAUAAAGUCCAUGACUUGGAAAAUGAAUAUGACUUGGAGAAAGAAAACUUCGAGAAGACUUCAUUAGAAUUAGAGAGCCUACAAUUAAAGAACAGUAACAUUCAAGCUGAGCAUAUCAAAGAAUUAGAAAAUCUUCAUGAGAACCUUAUGUCACUUCAAAAUGAGUUAAAAUUUUCUUCCGACAGAAUAGCGACCUUAACGAAAGAAAAUGAAAUAUUGAAGGAACAAAAUAACAGUAAUAAUAACAGUGUUACUUUAAGCAAUAAUCAAAAGGAUAAAGAUGAUGAACAAAUCAAGUUACUGAGGAAACAACUACAAGAUUGGAAAGAAAAAUAUGAGGCGAAAGAAAAAGACACAAAUAAAAGGUUAAAGUUAUUAGCAGAAGAUUUAUAUAUCCAGUAUUCGUCUAAACACGAACAAAAGGUCAAGCUAUUGAAAAAAGGUUAUGAAAAUAAAUUUCAGAGCAAAUUUGACCAGCUGAAUUUAGAAAAUAAAUCACUAUCAGAAGAAAUUGAGCAACUAAAGAAGCAAUUGGAUUCUGAAAGAAAAGAAAAACAGGAUUUACUCAAACUAUUAGAAAAUGAGAAAAAAUAA